CAAUGAAAACGUAAAUACAGAAAAGUAUCAAUUUUUCUUGUCUAGUUCUUUACAGUCACUCAAUGCUCCACCAAGCUGAUUAUCUUACAGUCCAUAUGGUUUUAAUUAAGGGGGCCAGUUACUUUUUUUUUUUUAAUUUGACACGCAGAGUUAGAGAGGAAGGUCUUCCUUCUGGUGGUCACCCCCCAAAUGGCCACUAUGGCUGGCACGCUGUGCUGAUCUGAAGCCAGGAGCCAGGUGCUUCCUCCUGGUCUCCCACGUAGGUGCAGGGGCCGAAGCACUUGGGCCACAGUAGAGAACUGGACUGGAAGAGGAGCAAAUGGGACAGAAUCCAGUGUGCAUAUGGGAUGCCAGCACUGCAGGCAGAGGAUUAACCAAGUGAGCCACGGCGCUGGCCAGUUACUUUAAAAAAAAAAUUAUUUAUUUAUUUUAAAGGCAGAGUUACAGAGAGGCAAAGACACACACACACACAGAGAAAGAGAGAGAGUGAGCUCCCAUCUGCUGGUUUACUCCCCAGAUGGUCACAAUGGCCAGAACUGCAUGGAUCUGAAGCUAGAAGCCAGAACCUUCUUCCAGGUCUCUCACACAGGUACAGGGGACCUAGCACAUGGGCCAACUUCCACUGCUUUCCCAGGCCAUAGCAGAGAGCUGGAUCAGAAGUGGAGCAGCCAGGUCUUGAACCAGCACCCAUAUGGUUUUACCCGCUCAGCCACAACACCAGCUUCAAGUUACUUUUCUUAUUCUGGGUUCUGUGUUUAACCCCAUGACAUUUUCAACACGGGAGGAUAUUAGUGAUAGAUUUUCAAAAUGACUGGUUUGUGGACGCCUUUGUACAAGGUGUUAAUGUGAAGAUGGGUAAGGAAGAAAAGAGAAAAUGUGGCCCUCUCCCCCACAGAGAUGCCCACACAGUACGGUAAAAGAUGUGGCUUUGGGCUGGCACUGUGGCUCAGUAGGUUAAUCCUCUGCCUGUGGUGCCAGCAUCCCAUAUGGGAACCAGUUCGAGUCCCAGCUGCUCCUCUGAUCCAGCUCUCUGCUAUGGCCUGGGAAGGCAGUAGAAGAUGGCCCAAGUGCUUGGGCCUCUGCACCCAUGUGGGAGACCCAGAAGAAACUCCUGGCUCCUGGCUUUAGAACAGUGCAGCUCUUCUGGCCAUUUUGACCAACUGGGGAGUGAACCAGCAGAAGGAAGACCUUUCUGUCUGUCUAUCCAUCUCACUAUCUGUAAUUCUACCUCUCAAAUAAAUAAAUAAAACAUCUUUUAAAAAAAGAGAGAUGUGGCCCUGAAAACUAUUGCUAUAGACUAACUUUCAGUGUAAUGAAGUUUUCACUUGAUUAACUGAGUGAUUCAUAGAUUCUGUUAGAGUCCUGUUGUCACCAGAUUACUAAUCUGUGAAACUCAUUUAGCAUAGUAAGGUUACCUAGGAAGUAAGAAUAGAAAGGGACUCCUGGAUAGAGGUUGCUAGGGUGACAGCAUUCUUCCUCUCAAACCCAGUGUGUUUUGACCUUUUCUCGCAUGUACUCCCUAUCACAGUGCUUGCGAGUGGGCAAGCAGUGAUGUGUUUCUGCUGAGAAGAGCUGCUUCACACCCAGGAAACAACUGUGAUGACAGCAUUUGAAGACCUGGCUGUGUACUUUACAUGGGAAGAAUGGCAGAAAAUGAACAAUGCUCAGAAAAUCCUGUACAGAGAUGUGAUGCUGGAGACCUACAGCAGCCUGUUCUCCUUGGGGCACUGCAUUACCAAACCUGACUUGAUCUUCAAGUUGGAGCGAGGAGAAGAGCCAUGGAUGGUGGAUGAAUGCUUGAAUCUGAGCCUUUCAGUGGUCAUGAAAAGGGAUGACCUGAUUAGGAUCAACCAGAAAAGUCAGGACAAAAAUCUGAAUCAGGAUUUUAUGAAAAAUAACAAGACAUCAGCUCUCAAGAGAAUUGAAUUAAGAAAAACACUUAGUUUAAAUUCAAGCCAUGUUCCAACACUGAUUAUUAAAAGGGAAUCUAUUCAGGAUUGAAGCCUGAGGAAUGCAAUAAAUGUCACACUGUGUAUCCCCCCAGUGGGCCUGAUCAACUACAGGCUGGAGAGAAAUUUGAUAACACUAAGAUACCUGGAAAAUCUCUCCAGUUCUGUGAGCCUCUUAGCCAGCUUGACAAUAUUCGCAUCAUGAAGCAGCCAUUUGGACCCACUGGACAAGCAAAAGUCUUCACAAGAAAGACGUUCUGUAAAUCUGAGAGGGUUCAUAUGGCAGAAAACUGUAAUAAGUCAACUGUCACUUUUGGAAAAGCAACGCAAAUAGAAAAAGCUAUCCAUGAAAAUGCUAGCCUCAAUAUGCAUCAACAAACUCACACAAGAAAGAAAUUUUAUAAGUACAUUAUGUAUGUUGAACCUGUCAUUCACCAGUCACAUCUUGCAAUAAACCAGAAACUAAAUACAAGGGAAAAACUUUACACAUGUAAACCUUGUGGAAAAUCACUCAGUUUUAAUUCACCUUCUGAAUGUAAUGACUGUGGAAAAGCCUUUAGACAAAAUUCAGUCCUCAGGAAACAUCAGCAAAUUCACACAGGGGAGAAACCUCAUGAAUGUAGUGACUGUAGAAAAGCCUUUACACAGAAGUCAUACCUCAUAAACCAUCAGCGAAUUCACACAAGAGAGAAACUUUAUAAAUGCCUUAAAUGUGGAAAAGGCUUUUUGUGGAAGUCAGACCUCAUAGUACACCAGAUAAUUCACACAGGGGAGAAACCUCAUAAAUGUAAUGAAUGCGGAAAAGCCUUUGGACGCAAGUCAUCCCUCCUCAUACAUCAGCGAAUUCACACAGGGGAGAAACCUCAUAAAUGUAAUGACUGUGGAAAAGCCUUUGGACACAAGUCAAACCUCAUCAUACACCAGCGAAUUCACACAGGGGAGAAACCUCAUAAAUGUAAUGACUGUGGAAAAGCCUUUGGACACAAGUCAGGCCUCAGGAAACAUCAGCGAAUUCACACAGGGGAGAAACCUCAUAAAUGUAAUGGCUGUGGAAAAGCCUUUGGACAAAACUCAGACCUUAUCAGACACCAGCAAAUUCACACAGGGGAGAAACCUCAUAAAUGUAAUGACUGUGGAAAAGCCUUUCGACGAAAGCCAGACCUGAUCAUACACCAGCGAAUUCACACAGGGGAGAAACCUCAUAAAUGUAAUGACUGUGGAAAAGCCUUUGGACACAAGUCAAACCUCAUCAUACACCAGCGAAUUCACACAGGGGAGAAACCUCAUAAAUGUAAUGACUGUGGAAAAGCCUUUGGACAAAUGUCAGCCCUGCUCAUACAUCAGCAAAUUCACACAGGGGAGAAACCUCAUAAAUGUAAUGACUGUGGAAAAGCCUUUGGACAAAUGUCAGGCCUCAGGAAACAUCAGCGAAUUCACACAGGGGAGAAACCUCAUAAAUGUAAUGACUGUGGAAAAGCCUUUCGACGAAAGCCAGACCUGAUCAUACACCAGCGAAUUCACACAGGGGAGAAACCUCAUAAAUGUAAUGACUGUGGAAAAGCCUUUGGACGAAAGCCAGACCUGAUCAUACACCAGCGAAUUCACACAGGGGAGAAACCUCAUAAAUGUAAUGACUGUGGAAAAGCCUUUGGACACAAGUCAUCCCUCCUCAUACACCAGCGAAUUCACACAGGGGAGAAACCUCAUAAAUGUAAUGACUGUGGAAAAGCCUUUCGACGAAAGCCAGACCUCAUCAUACACCAGCGAAUUCACACAGGGGAGAAACCUCAUAAAUGUAAUGACUGUGGAAAAGCCUUUGGACAAAAGUCACACCUCAUCAUACACCAGAGAAUUCACACAGGGGAGAAACCUCAUAAAUGUAAUGACUGUGGAAAAGCCUUUGGACACAAGUCAGGCCUCAGGAAACAUCAGCAAAUUCACACAGGGGAGAAACCUCAUAAUUGUAAUGAAUGUGGAAAAGCCUUUGGACAAAAGACACACCUCAUCGUGCACCAGCAAAUUCACACAGGGGAGAAACCUCAUAAAUGUAAUGACUGUGGAAAAACCUUUGGACGAAAGUCAAACCUCAUCAUACACCAGCGAAUUCACACAGGGGAGAAACCUCAUAAAUGUAAUGACUGUGGAAAAGCCUUUUUGUAUAAGUUAUACUCAUAUCAAAACAGUUCACACAGGGCAGAAACCUUGUGAAUCUAAUAAGUGUGGAAAAGCCUUUAUAAAUCAUAUGUUAUAAAUCAUAGCUCAUAUCACACCACAGAAUUCACGCCAGGGAGAGACUUUAUGAAUGCAAUGACUGUAGAAAAGCCCUUGGCAAUAAGUCACAUCUCAGAAUGCAUCAGAAAAUGCACAGGAAGAGAAACCUCUUGGACAUAAUGACUUGGAAAGCUUUUCCCAUAAUUCAGCCCUCAUUGCACAUCAUCUAAUUCAUAUGGGGGAAAACACUUCGGAUAUAAUGCAUAUGGAAAAGCCUUUAUCCAUAAGUAACACCUCAUAAAACAUCAGAAUUCACAUGGGGGAGAAACCUUAUGAAUGGAAUGAAUGUUGGAAAACUCUGCUAAAAUCACACAAUAUAACAUCAGAGAAUUUAUUACAUGGUGGAAAUCUUGUAAUAAAUGUGGGAAAGCCUUUUGUCAGAAGGAAUACCUCAUAACAUGUAGAUCAAACAAGGGAGAGAACUUAAUGAAUGUGAAGGACUUUUUCCAAAGUCAACAUAACCAUGUGACAGAGCCUUUUGCUGGAAAUUACAUCCCAUACAAUAGGCACUCCCAUAAGGAAGAAAGGUUGGGACCAGCGCUGUGGCACAGUAGGUUAAAGCCCUGGCCUGAAAUGCUGGCAUACCAUGUGGGCACUGGUUCUAGUCCCAGUUGCUCCUCUUCUGAUCCAGCUCUCUGCUAUGGCCUGGGAAAGUAGUAGAAGAUGGCCCUGCACCCACGUGGGAGAUCCAGAAGAAGCUCCUGACUCCUGGCUUUGGAUCGCUGCAGCUCCAGCCAUUUCAUCCCUCUGCGGAGUGAACUAGCAGAUGGAAGACCUCUUUCUGCUUCUCUGUCUCUCUCUGUCUUUCAAAUAAAUAACAUAAAUUUUUAAAGAAAAUGAAGAAGUUCAGAAAUAUUAUUAGUGUGACAAAAAGCCAUUUGUCAGAAAUGGCAUUAUACAUCAGAAAAUUCACACAAGUGGUUUCUCAGGAGUGUAAUGAAUGUGGAAGUAUAUUUUCAUAGAAUUCAGGCUUGCAUAAAUAUGCAACUCAAAAAAGGCGAUAUUCUUCAAGUGCAAUAGACCUCAAAAAACCAUAGCCAGAAAUUAAACAUCAGGCCGGUGCUGUGGAGCAAUAGAUUAAUCCUCCACCUCCACCUGCUAUGCUGGCAUCCCAUAUAGGUGUGAGUUCUAGUCCCAGCUGCCCCUCUUCAAUCCAGCUCUCUACUGUGGCCUGGGAAAGCAGUAGAAGACAGCCUAAGUGCUUGGGCCUCUGCACCCACAUGGAAGACUAGGAAGAAGCACCUGGCUUCUGGCUUCAGAGCAGUGCAUCUCUGGCCACUGUGGCCAUUUGAGGAGUGAACCAACAGAAGGAAGACCUUUAUCUCUGUCUCUCUCACUGUCUGUAACUCUGUCAAAUAAAUAAAAAUCUUAAAAAAAAGAAACAUCAACUAACACCAGAGAAUUCAUACAGUAAAAUUUCAAUUUAAUGAAUGUGAAAAAUUUUUUCUGCCAUUAAUCAAUUCACAUGAAGAGACCCCGAAAUGAGAAAACAUACAUGUAUAGAAAAGUCAUGUACCAUAUGUCACCUCUCAAUGGUUACCUGACAACUCACAGAAAGAAAAAAUCCUGUGACUGUAUUGUAAUGUGAAAUACCUUUAUUAUUAGGCAAACUUCCACAGAACAUAGCAAGAUUACAGAGAGAAGUCCCUGAAGUAUAAUUUGUUUGGAAGAAUUCUUUGGUGGAAUCACACCUUAGUGAGUAUUGGGCAGUUUUCAUAAUGAAUUGUGACAGAGAGUGGUUAACCGCUCUUCAGAAAUUUUUCUCUUAUGCAACCGGAACUUUUGGUUUCUCAUUAUUCUGAGUGGAAUCAAGUAUAUGAACUGAACUGUGCUCUCUUGUGUAAAUUUUGUUAAUAAAUAUUUAAAAGUUGA